AUGCCUCAAAAGCGCAAGCGACCAGACCAAGAUCCUUCCGGAAAAGAACUGUUGCCAGCAUCCGCACUCAAAUCAACAUCUUCUGACUCUCAAUCAAAAUCCACCAGCGCGUGUCGGGCGACGCGUCAAACCCCAGUAAUUCCACCAACACCAGUGACGCAACUACAACCUCAACCACGCACGGAAACGGCGGUACCGCCUCCUAUAAUACCUACACUAUCAUCAGCUUCUUCGAAACCAACAACCUCCCCAGAGCAGAAGCGGAGUCGUGCCUCCAACGGUCGUCCUCAACUACCUCCAUCACAACCCACGGCGCAAAGUCAACACCCCCCUUCUGUCCUGCGAUGGGCUCCGCUUGAACAGCCAGGCCCAGCAGUCAGGCCUCCCUCUCACCAUCUCCAUCCAACAGCGAUGGCAGCCAUGCCCCCACCUCGGCCGAUUGCCGCUGGUCGUCCGCCAUCAGACUUGGUUGCGCCUGAGAUCACCUAUCAUGUACCACAGUCGCAUACAAACUCAUUCCAGCGGACCUCAGCUCUUGUCCGACCUCAUGGCCCUACGGCACAACCACCACGUAUCCUCGAACGACCGCCGCCUCCAACAGUCACGCCAGUUCACCCUCCGAAGCCUCCUGUCGCACCUUCUGUACGACCGCCUCUUCGAGCCGAUCGCAACAUUGAUAAAGUCGUGUUGGGUAAUAUGUGCUUCAGUACAUGGUAUCCUAGCUACUAUGGAAAAGAAGUGCUUGGGGAAUCAUCAGGCAAUCUGGGCAAAACAGGCAGCAAGGACCUGGGGGCCAAGGAUCAAGCUACAGGCGGUAAAUCAUCAUCCCGGCGGGAUCGCGAACAUCACCCAGUAGUUGAUCGGCUCUACGUGUGUCCUACUUGCUUCAAGUACUCCAAGGAAUUGGUUGCCUGGUGUCAUCACGUCCAUGUGUGUGAGAAGAAGACUCAGAUACCUGGUCGGAAGGUAUACAUCCAUCCAAGGGGGCGGAGAAAGAUUCUUGUUCCCCAUGAUAAUAAAACCUCUGGCCCCAAAAGACGGAAAGGGGAAGGGAACAUUCGCUUGGUAGAGGAGAUCGUCCAGGACGAAGGAGAAUGGAGUAUCUGGGAGGUUGAUGGUGAAAAGGAUGGGCUCUUUUGUCAGAAUUUGUCACUCUUCGCGAAGCUCUUCCUCGACAAUAAGUCCGUCUUCUUCGAUGUCACAGGUUUCAAUUACUUCCUACUUGUUUACACACCUCCGAGUCGAUCUUCGCAGACUGCAACCGAGCCUGAGCCCCUUGCACCUCGAAUUACGGGAUUCUUUUCGAAGGAGAAAAUGUCAUGGGAUAACAACAACCUCGCUUGCAUCCUCAUAUUCCCCCCGUGGCAGCGAAAGGGUCUUGGUGCGUUGCUGAUGGGGGCAUCGUACGAGAUAUCUCGGCGGGAGGGUAUUCUGGGUGGGCCGGAGAAGCCAAUUUCUGAUCUUGGUAAGAAGGGCUACAAACGUUACUGGGCAGGCGAAAUCGCGAGAUGGCUAUUGACUAUCAAUAUGGACUCGAAGACCCCCCAGAAUGAGGUCCUCGUGGAUCUCAACGACUGCAGUAGGGCAACCUGGAUUCUUCCCGAAGAUUGUCUCCAGGUGUUGCGAGAUAUGGGUGUAUUCGAAGAGGCCGGUUUGGGCCCAAGGAAGCCUGAGGAAAAGCCUGUCCGCGAGGCUGAGGUCGAGGCCGAGGAGAAGAAAGGCGAAGACACGACAAGGACAUCGCCUACUGCUGAAGGAGGAGUUAAAGAAGAGACCGUGCUAGUUGUCAAGAUGGUGCCACGGGUGCGGAUAGACAAGCAGGCAGUCCGUCGAUAUGUGGCCGAGAAUCGAAUAAGCCUGGAGCGUAUGUGUGAUCCUGCUGGGUUUAUCGAGGGAUACGCAAACAAGGCACCCGAGGUGGUGGAAGAAGAGAUGGUGGAGGCGGAGGAGUGA